AUGGCUCCACACAAAGCAGGACUCAGCAAAGAGCAAAAGAAGCAAAAGAAGAGCGACUACUUGGCCAAGAUGAAGAAAUACUUUGACGAGUACAAGGAGAUCGUUAUUGUACGUGUGGACAACGUCGGGUCUUCCCAGUUCCAGGUCAUCCGAAAGGAGUUGAGAAGCACUUGCGAGUUUGUGAUGGGGAAGAACACCCUCAUCCGUAAAGCAAUUAAGAUGGAGAUGGAGGCCCACCCAGAACUUGAACUCCUCUUAGAACACAUUAAGGGCAAUGUCGGAUUCAUCUUCACUAAAGGAGACCUCCACGCCUUAAAGGAUAAAUUGGCCGAAUUGAAGAGCCCAUCUCCAGCUAAAGCUGGUAUCAUUGCACCAAAUGAUGUCAUUGUCCCCGCUGGUGACACUGGUUUGGACCCAACUCAAACUUCUUUCAUUCAGGCUUUGAACAUUCAGUCUAAGAUUACUAAGGGGCAGAUCGAAAUCAUUGGUAACACCCUUUUGAUUAAGGAAGGCGAAAAGGUCGGCGUCUCACAAGCCGUGUUGUUGCAGAAGUUGAAGAUCAACCCAUUCAGAUACGGAGCCGUCAUCGACACUAUUUACGACAAUGGCGUCGUCUAUGGAGCUAGCGCUUUGAACUACUCCGACGCAGAUAUCGUCAAGACUUUCCAACAAGGCGUCCAAGCAGUCACUUCAGUCUCACUCGCUGCUAACAUCCCAACAGAAGCAGCUUGCCCACACAUCAUGCUCAACGCUUUCCAGGCUUUGCUCGGCUUCUCAAAGGCCACCGGCGUCAAGUUCCCAUUGGCUGACAAAAUCUUCGAGAAUAUGUCAUCCGCCCCAGUCGCUGUCGCCUCCGUUGCCGCAUCUGGAGCUACAGAAGAGAAGAAGGAAGAAGUUCAGGAAGAGAAGAAAGAGGAAGCCGAAGAGGACUUCGGUGGUUUUGGUGAUCUUUUCUAA